AUGAAUGCGAACCGAGGCGCCAAAAUCAUCCUGCACUGGUUGGAGAAGUCCCGCGCCCAGCGCAUAAUGUGGCUCAUGGAAGAACUGAACCUCUCCUACGACAUCAAGACCUACAAGCGCGGUCCCAACGGCAUCGCUCCCCCGGAGCUCAAACAGAUCCAUCCAUUGGGGAAAUCACCCAUCGUCUCGGUCCAACCGCCGGAUGCCUCCCCAAUGGUUCUUGUCGAGUCGGCCGCCAUCAUCGAGUACUUCCUCGACCAUUUCAGCUCCCCCAGCACCCACCUCGUUCCCCAGCGGUACAAGCCCGGGCGCGAGGGCCAGGUAGAUGGCGAAACAGACGCCUGGAUGCGCUAUCGGUUCUUUAUGCACUACGCCGAGGGAAGUCUCAUGUCUCCGAUUCAGGUGCAACUCAUCAUGAAUGCUGUCAGAGACGCCCCUGUCCCCUUCUUCAUCAAACCCAUCACCGGCUUCAUCACCGGCAAAGUCAGCGCCGAGUUUCUGGACCAGGAACUUCGCACCCAUUUCCGCUUCCUCGAGGACCAGCUGGCGUCGGCGCCGGAGAAUGGGCCGUUCCUGUGUGGUUCGCGGUUGACGGCCGCGGACAUCCAGAUGAGUAUUCCGGUUAUUGCGGCGCUCAACCUUUCCAUCAUCCCGCGGGAGGAGUAUCCGCGGUUGGAUGCUUAUGCGGGGGCGAUUCAGAAUGAGCAGGGCUAUAGGCGGGCUGUGGAGAAGGUGGAGAGGAUUGAGGGGAAGCCUUUUGUGCCGAUCUAG